AUGGAUGGCACACACAACAGCAGGGGUGACAGCUCACAGCCGCAAGGUCAAGCUGGUUGGAACCCAUACCAGCCCCCUCCUCCACCUGCCUGGAACCCAUACAUGUUUCCAAUGCAACCUCAGCCUGGUGGCUGGUAUCCACAACCAAUCCAUCAUCCCCCACAUAAUGUUAGCAUCUUUCCUCCUCCUGGUGGACCUAACAUAGUAUCAGUUGACCACACUCAAGCGAAUGUGGUUCUGGGGGCUGAUGAGGUAGAUGUACUUCAUCCAGAGGAUUCAUCAGUACCUGCAAUCCUGAGACGGGGAAGGUCUAAGUUAGGGAACUUCAGCCCACAAGAAGAUGUAAACCUGGUGAAAGCAUGGUUGGAAGUUAGCUGUGAUCCUGUCAUAGGUAACGGCCAAAAAGGAGACAGGUUCUGGAAGAGGGUGGUGGAACGAUAUAAUUUUCGGAGGGGGGCAAACUCAGAAAGAAGCCUCAGGUCACUGCAGAGCCGCUGGACCAAUAAUAUCAAGCCUGAGGUUGGAAAAUUUGCAGGCUACUAUGCAGAAGCCCUACGACAAAAUCCCAGCGGAAUGUCAGAUGCUGACAAAACAUCACUUGCAGCUACCAACUUUGCGGAGGUUGAAGGGCAUGCGUUUGGAUUCAUGCACUGUUGGGACCGUAUGAAGGACGAGCCCAAAUGGGGUAACCCAACACAACUUGGGACUGAAGCUCAUCUAGAAGGCGACGGCUUGGAAGAGGACUCCAACAGGGUGCACGUUGAUGCAGACAAGUCAGCUGGAAAAAGGCCGGUUGGUAGAGACAGAGCUAAAGCAGCGAGCAAGAAAUCUAAAUCGGUGUCAGGUGAUACAUCUUCUUCAGAGUAUGCUAGUAGGAUGCAGGACCUGUCCAUUCAAAAAAUAAAUAUCAUGCAAGAAGAAAGCGUGCGCAAAGGUGAGCGAUUCCAGCAGCUUGCUACAAUUGAUGAGAAAAGGUACCAGGAAAUGCGUAAUCACAACCAAUCGGUAUUAGAUAUUGAGCAAGAGAAAGUUAGAAUCAUGCGUGAGAAGCAUGACAGGGAGGAGAAGAAGGAGGAUGAGAGGAUUCUGAGUAUUAAUUUGGACUCCUGCACACCUUCCCUAAGAAUGUAUUAUGAAGCUUUGCAGGAGGACAUAAUGGCGAAGCUUGCUGCUAGACGCCAAGGGAGGCAUGCCCCAUAA